UGUGUGUUCCAGGUUCACCUGCAUCCCACCGAGAUGGCUUUCUCCAGCCUGUGCUAUCCAGAAUGCGGGGUGGCCCGGCCCAGCCCCGUCUCUGGUACCUGCAACGAGCCGUGCGUUCGGCAGUGCCCUGACUCCGAAGUGGUGAUCAGACCCUCCCCGGUUGUGGUGACCCUCCCCGGACCAGUUCUCAGCACCUUCCCUCAGCAGAGCGAAGUGGCAGCCGUAGGAGAACCUGUGGUGGGAGCCGGCUACGGGGGCUCCUUCGCUAACGGGGGAUUGUACGGCUAUGGAGGCCGUUACGGAGGGUUGUUCGGCUAUGGGGGUUAUGGUUAUGGAGGCCGUUACGGUUACGGGGGAUACCCAGGCUUUUAUGGGUAUGGGGGAUACUGCGGCUACCCAGGCUAUUAUGGUAACGGAGGGUUCUGGGGCUACCCAGGACGUUAUGCUCAUGGGGGAUACUGUGGCUACCCAGGCUAUUAUGGGAAUGGGGGAUACUGCGGCUACCCAGGAUAUUAUGGGAAUGGGGGAUACUGCGGCUACCCAGGCUAUUAUGGCUACGGGGGAGUAGUCGGUUCCGGGGUGUCGUGCCACAGGUACCGCAGUGGAAACUGUGCGCCUUGCUAAACCCAGCAGGACCAUCCGUGGCAGACCCAGGCAAUGAACGGCCGGAUACAGAUUCCCCCCUGAGCUUUGGGGCUUGGCUUUCAGACGUGCUGGGCAAACCCGGCUCCAGCUGAGCUCAGUGGGAGCUGUGUGUGCUC